AUGGCUCCGGCCGAGCUCGUCUUCCAGAAGCUGCCGAGCCGACUACCGCUGCUCACUUCCUUCAUCGGUCUCUUCGACAUCAAGAUAGGCGCGACCAUCAUCACACUCUUUGCACUGCUCAACAAGGUCGCGGGCGUGUAUGGCAUCAUUGCCGUCUUCCACGGGGGAACGUUUGCCCAAGUCAGCAUGUAUCUCUACUCGCUCGCGACUGCCGGUCUCUGCAUCUGGGGUCUCAAGGGUGUAGCAGAGGAGAGCGUCGAGAGAACUCUGACGUAUGCUCACUUGUACGCGUUGGAUCAUUUCAUCUCGACCGUCUGGACGGCCUUCUUCGCCAUCGUCUGGUACGUCUACGAUCCCCACGACGGCAGGAGGAUAGCCAACUCAGACGCCCAACGAGAGCUCAUGGGAGAGGGCACCAACGUCGGCCAAGUGGGCGGAUCGGAUCCUGAGGCGAGAGCCAUGGCAGCUCAGGCAGUCUGGCGAGAAGAACGCGCGUUCUCUGGCUUUGUCAUCUUGAUCGGCUGGUUCGUCAGGAUCUACUUUAUACUGUGUCUCUACUCCUUUGCGAUCCAUGUCAGGCGAGGUACAUACUCUUCGCUUCCACUGUCAGAUCCGCCACCGCCAGUCACUGCUUCGUCGAACGGAACAGCCCACAAGCGGCCCAAUGGCUCGACGGUCGAUAACCGCAGAAUGUUCGAAGCGCAAGCAGAUCAGGAGGACGAAGUAGGAUGGAAUACAGAGAGCAAAUCGCUCUCACUGGCAGCAAAGCUGAGGGCCGUCGAAUUUGCCGACUCUGGCAAUUUCAGCGAACCGGACGACGAUGACGAUGACAGCUCGCAGACGACUUACAUUGACCGGCAAGCCACAACGGGCACUUGGCUCCUGUUCGAAGAUGGCGAGCCCGCUUCACAGUCUGACAGAGAGGCACUCUUUCGAGAUCCUACCCUGACUUAUUUCGGUGGUCAAUUCACAUCGUAUCACUAUGAGCCUUUCCUUCGAACGCAUGCAGGCCAAUGCCCCCGCUGCACCAAGGACCUCAACUUCGUUGGCGCCAUUGCUGCACCCCUGAAUGAGCUCACAUAUCGCACACUGCUCAUCGCUCAAUGUGCCAGCCCGCAAUGCGUAGGGCAAGACGACGGAGGUCUGUUCGUCUGGCGUAUAACGCGACAGAUUGGCCAAGAAGCCCAGAAGCCGCAGCUGGACGAGCCAGCUCUGAAUCCAUUCGCAUCCGCGCUUACGUCUGUCAAUCCGUUCUCGGCAGACUCGAGCUCGACCUUUGGCAAUGCCCUCUUUGGCGACAACCCGUUUUCUGCCACCCCCGCGUCCAAAGACGCAGCACCGGGACCAUCUGAGAGUGCGGUAGCCAUGACGCAGUCGACUCAGUCGACUCAGUUGAACAAGCCAACGCGUUGGGGCAUCGCCGUUUGGCCAAUGAGCUAUUGCUUCGCGAUGCUUGAGCCGCCCGUCAAGGCAGCGCAGAGCAAGAAGAAGGAACCCAAAGCAUAUCUAGAUGAUCAUCCCGAUCCUUCCAGCAAGAGCGCAUCGGAGUCAUAUGAAGUGCAAAGGAUACAAGGCGUUGACUCUGUAUUCCUGCACUUCCAAGAUGUCCUCUCCCGACAGCCUAGUCAGUUCAUCAGGUACGAAUAUGCCGGAAAGCCGUUGCCUUACUCGUCUACCAGUCCGGCCUACGAACGAUACCUCGUCAAAGCGUCUACCGGAUCGCAAGGCAUGACGACAGUCACGCGAACAGCAUACGCGCCUGCUGCUUUCCUGCCAGGCGCAAUCGCUUUCGAGGCCGCCCGUGCGCCUCUAUGCGAGCAAUGUGGCGCGCAGAGAGUGUUCGAAGCCCAGCUCAUGCCUGCCCUGUGCACGUGGCUCAGGACAAAGUUGAUCUUAGGCUGGUCAACCGCUUGGAUUUUUACUUGCUCGGGCGAUUGCGCAGCAAUAGCUUUGCCAGGCGGAACGACCUUCUCGCGAGAACAUGUGACGGUAGAAUUCGAGAUUUGA